CAGGGCUAAAGGACGAGUGGCUCACGGCUGGUCAGAGCCACAUUAUUCUGUUCGCUCCAAAGCAGAAAGUCCACUGAGUCCACUGAGUGGGGUACUGAAAAGAAGGGAGCACUACGAAGCUGUACGAUGGGUCAGAUUUAACCCUUCCCUCGCCGCUAACCGCCUUGCUGAAGAUUCCUGUCAUGCGGGAGCUUGUGUUGUGCCUGCUGCCCUCUCUGGUCCUGUUCGUUACCGCCCUGCUUUUCCAUUGGCCCCCAGUGCGGGCUAGCGUGGGGCAAUUGGUGUGGGGAGUUAGCAGCUUGCUGUGGGUGUGGCUGUGCUGGUUCCUGGAACUCCCAUUGGUCGCUGACAGUAGGAUGGACAUAGAGGGUCCUCAGCUGGUUUGCAAGGCCACGGCACUAGCCCAGUUCCUGCUCCGGAACUGCCAGUCCCUGGCCCGGCCCAGCCUGGCAUCCUGGCCCUGGGGGGACCCAAACAUACAGACCCUCUGCAGCCUGGCAGGGCCCCCGGGAGCCAACGAAGGGAUACGGUUUGCCAGGGACUACCUGCAGGUGAAGGAUGGGGGCGUGGUGGCUUUGGAUUGGGCGGUGGGUCCAAAAGAGGAGGCAGAGCAGUGGAGGGGAGGCGGUGCAAAGCAAGAGCAGGGGGCAGGAGGAGGUGGAGGAGGGAGGGCCCUGGGCUGCCACACCUCCUGCCCCCCCGUCCUCAUUCUCAUCCCCAACUCGUGGGGCAGGGUAACCCCCCAUCUGAUCCGGCUGUGUGCCCUGGCUCUGCGACAGGGGUACUGCCCUGUGGUGUUCCAUCGUCGCGGCCAGGGCGGCUGCCCCCUGGUCACUCCCAAGUUCCAGGAGUUCGGGGAUCCCUCUGACCUGGUCCAGGCUGUGACUUACCUCCGUUACCGCCACCCAGCAUCCGCUCUGCUCGCCGUCAGCGAAGGCUCGGGGUCUGGCCUGCUCCUGUCCUACCUGGGGGAGUGUGGGUCCUCCUCUUACCUGACGGCCGCGGCCUGCCUGUCGCCGGUCCUGCAGGGGCAGCUGUGGUUCGACAUGCCCCUGCCUCCCCUGUACCGCUGGGGAGUGCUGCUUUACCAAAAGCUGCAGCUCAGCAGGUAUGCGAGUGCACUCAGUGCCGUGCUGGAUGUGGAGCGGCUGCUAGCCUGCUCCUCUCAGAGGGACCUGGAGGUGGCCAUCUUCUGCUCUGAGAGAGGGUCCCGGAAGAGUGGGGCCAGGGCGGGGCAGCCAGGGGGCAGCGGCGGGGAUAGGGGUGUGGGGCAGAGUGGGGCCAGGGCGGGGCAGACGGAUGAGAGGGAGGAGGUGGCCUGGGGCGACUACUGGGAGCGCAACGAGCCGCUCCGGGAUGCGGACGAGGUGGCGGUGCCCGUCCUGUGCGUCCGCAGCCUGGACGACCCGCUCCUGCCCCCCGCCCCCGCCCUGCCCACGCAGCUGUUCCAGAACAGCCCCUACUUCCUGCUGGCGCUCACCGCCCGCGGCGGGCACUGCGGCUUCACCGCGCAGGACGGCGACGGCGCCCCCUGCUGGAGCCACCAGGCGCUGCUGGAGUACUUCCGGGUCGUGGCGGAGUUCCUGAGGGCGGAGGAGGGGAAAGCCAAUGGGACGAGGGGGGCGGUGCCGAGGGGGAGCCAGUGGAGGAGGAGCACCGUGACGGCCCGCAGGCGAAGGAGGGCGAGGCGGCCGCUGGUCCGCUUCUCCAUCGACUCGGAGGGGCAGAGUUCCGGGGAAGAGGACAUGUUCACCUGGCACAGGUCACACACACGCUGA